UCCUAAAAUCCCCUCGUUGAAUUACUGUAAUUUAAGUGAUAAUUGUGACUUUGAAAUGAAUUUUUAACUUCCACUUGUAUGAAACUCCUCAUAAGUGACAAGGCAAAGGAGACGCUUAAAGCUCUUAUAUUUGUGGCAGUCAGAAUACUACAUUAUACAGAUUCACCCACCAAAUCUAAAUCUGUGUACGACAAACGGAAUAUAUAACCCCACCACCACCACCACCAGCCCCGAGCCCCGGCUCACUAGACACACUGUUUGAAACCUCUCCAAUAAAGCUCUGCAGUGAAAAUAAAACUGUCAAAGUGAGAGCGAAAUAAAGAGCGAUAUCUGAGAUAUAAUGUAAUCUGUGAGCACUCGUGAAUUUGCGUGACGAAAUGUCCAAUGGAAGAUAAAUUUGCAGAAACUCCGACAGAGACUGAUUCUCACAUAUCGAGGGGGGAAGUUUCUCGCAUGCUGGUCAAAUAGAGAUCAAUCGUUGCUUUUUGUUCUGAGGAUUUAUUAAACUUGUUUUCGAUGGGAUCGACAGCAGAACAACAGGAAAACCUGAUUCUUAUCACUUCGCUUUAAUCUACUUUAUCUCGUGUCCUCUUCUAUUGUUUCACUGCAGAAAAUGUCACAAAUACACAAAGCCUGACUUUUAUUAAAACAAUAAAAAACAAAUAAGAAAUCAUCAAUUAAUUCCAGACAUGUUAGAACAUAAUAAAUUCAAAUACAUAUGAAAAACAGUCUAUUCAUAUAAAUAUAAAUGGAUCUAUAUGGAGAUAUACCGAUGUAAACACACACACACACACACACACACACACACACACACACACACACACACACACACACACAGAGUCUCUUAAAGCUGAGUUAUUCCCUUUGACUUCAGCCCCGGCGCUCUCACUCCAGUAACAACACGGACACCUGAGUUCUCUGAUUUAUUUCUGGUAUUAUUUUGGAACCGGCUCUGCUGCUCGGCUGAAGUUCGGUUGAAGUUCGGUUGAAGUUCGGUGCAGAGCGCCGCGGCGCUGGCUGAGUGGCGCCACAGCAGGGUUCUCCACAGUAAAAGCCCGGAGCCGAGCUGCAGGUGUCUGCUCGAGCUCGGCGAGGAAACCUCAAGCUUUGGCAUCGUAACUGAACACAGGUGCAGGAUGAGGCUCUCGGCUCCUCAGACUCCCUCAGCCUGGUGACACACCACCUCCUCCUCCUCCACCCUGCAGCUCGCCGCCGGCUCUCCACUCCUCAGACUCCCUCAGCCUGGUGACACACCACCUCCUCCUCCUCCACCCUGCAGCUCGCCGCCGGCUCUCCACUCCUCAGACUCCCUCAGCCUGGUGACACACCACCUCCUCCUCCUCCAGCCUCCUCCAGCUCGCCGCCAUGCCGCGCUCCUUCCUGGUCAGGACCAGACGGACUCCGCUCCUCCAGCCACCUGAGGCCUCCAUCACGCCUCCGUCCAGGGGCGGAGGAGACGCCAAGGAGCCGGCGGGCGGUCCGAAGGCUGGGCCCCCCACACCAGGGGGCAACGACCUCCGACCUGAAGCCUCCUCGCAGAGCUCCCAACCAAAUGACCUUUGGCCUUCAGAGAGUCCGCCGCCGCCGUGGCCAGCAGCCAGACUCCAGACGUCCGACAGAGAGCAGCAGCUGGAGCGGCUGGUCUUCAUGCUGCUGAACCACACGACCCACACCGACCUCAAGACGCCCGUCAGCUCCUGUCCGCUGUGCGAGAAGUCUCUCUCAGAAGUCCUCCGAUCAGGAGGGAACCCGCUGCCUCACGGUUACGAGUCGUUCUCCACGCCCUGGCUGAGGGCGCCGGCGGCGGUCAGCAACAUGCCUCACCUCCCUUUUGGUUUCAGAGGGAUGAGCUACGGCAGAGCGAAGGAGCGGAGCUUCGGCUGUAAGGUGUGCGGGAAGGUCUUCAAGCGCUCGUCCACGCUGUCCACGCACCUCCUCAUCCACUCGGACACGCGGCCGUACCCCUGCCAGUACUGCGGCAAGCGCUUCCACCAGAAGUCCGACAUGAAGAAACACACCUUCAUCCACACAGGCGAGAAGCCGCACGUGUGCAAGGUGUGCGGCAAAGGAUUCAGCCAGAGCUCCAACCUGAUCACCCACAGCAGGAAGCACAGCAGCUACCGGCCCUUCAGCUGCCCGCGCUGCCAGCACGGCUUCCAGCGCCGCGUCGACCUGCAGCGCCACCAGGAGGCGCAGUGCGGCUUCAACAUCUACACCCAGCCCUGACAGCCGCAGCAACACCUCAUGCCUGGAGAGAAUCUUCCAAGAUUUGUAAAUGUAAACGUAUAAAAACAAUUCCUGAAGUAUUAAAAUUUUUCCUUCAAAUGUACAUUUUUUUUUAAGAAUAAAGUUCAACUGGUUUGUUUAAAUAUUAUG